AUGGUCGACGUGGAAAGUUUUGUACUGGGGUUCGUCUAUUAUUAUGGUCACGUCAUCGGAGUUAGUAACUUUGGAUUCAACUGGCAUACAGGUCGUGUGUAUACUGCCAAAUGGAGUACAUUCUAUGCAGUCGCUAUAGAUUCCAUUGUUUUUAUUCUAUAUACUUAUCACUGGACCGGACCUACGAAUAUAAUUAAUUUGAUCUUCGGAAAAGCAAACAAGCUGCAUGAAUAUGUUACCGGCAUUAUGACGGUCCUAAGGAUUACUAUAGGGCUUUUUACAUUGAUUCACAGAUGGUAUCAGCGCUGCAAGAUGAUGGAUCUGACGAGAAUGAUACUCCGAGUAUAUGUUGCCAGGCCGCAGGUGAAAAGGUUGUCUCGCUGGGGUAUUCUCGUCAAGUUUAUCUCUGGAUCUGUGACCGACUUCCUCCAAAUGGUGGUCUUGUUGGAUGCAAUGGGUCGCGUGGGUCCUCAGUUUUACUUGGGAAUGGGCCUGCAGUACUGGACGUCGGCUAUCCUGAAUGUGGCCAUAUCGCAGCAUUACCUAAUAAUGCUUUUCGUUCGAACCCAGUAUCAGCUACUCAAUACCGAACUGCGCAAGGUGAUCGAAGAAUCCAAGGAGCUAAGUUGGAAUCCUCCGCGGCAGGGGACUUUCAUGACCAAGUGUUGCAACUUGGCGGAUCAGCUAGAGGAUUUAGCCAAGCUCCAGAGUCAGGUGCAGUUGAUUGUGAACCAAUUGGAAGAAGUAUUCGGCAUUCAGGGGGCCUUGGUCUAUGGGGGAUACUACCUCUCAUCGGUAUCAUAUACUUACCUCAUCUACAGUAUCCUUAAAUAUGGCUACGAAAACAUGAACAUGACUCUGACCUCUGUGAUCCUGUCUUUAGUUUGGUGCUUCUUUUACUACUUCGAUGGCAUGCUCAAUUUGUCCAUUAUGCUAUAUGUCCAGGAUGAUCACCAGGAAAUGCUCCGUCUACUGGAGCAGCGAACCCUAUUUGCACCCGGGUUGGAUGUUCGUCUCGAGGAAGCCUUUGAAAAACUCCAGCUUCAGCUGAUUCGAAAUCCUUUUAAAAUCGAUGUAAUGAAAUUGUACGACGUCACUCGAGGAACUACCAUGGCCAUGUUUGGAAAUCUUUUAUCGCAUUCAAUCUUCCUAAUUCAGUAUGAUAUGGAGAACUUUGAUUAA